UGUGCAUCACUAUCUUCUUGUUUAGUGCCGCGUGAUUGUGCAUGUUCGACGUUUACAAAAAUGAACCGGUCGAUGCGCGCGAUGACUGUGUCCAUCGCUGUUGUAGUAUCGCUAAUUGGAACCAAAUUAGUGCAUUGUGAUCAAUGGCCGUUCCCUGAAAGCGAGGAGUACACUCUGGCCCACAUCAACGUGUCUUACAUCGAUUCUGCCGCAGUCCACAACGAUGGAGCGGAUAUGGGCAAAUUCGGCAACGGCAGAGUCGGCAGCACAGCCGGACUCAUCGUUCACGUUCGUUCGGCUAAUUCGAGCUCACAUUAUGGUUGUGAUAUGACCUACGAAAACGAGAUACCUGUGGUGCCGUGGAUUGCUCUGGUUCGCCGUGGUCGCUGCAAUUUCGACGACAAAUUGGAGGCGGCUUUUUUAAACAAUGCGUCCGGUCUGGUCGUCUACAACAACAAAGAGGACGGCCUCCAGAAAAUGACGUUGCGCAAUAAAUAUCGUGACAAAAUCGUGGCCGUGUUUAUCACGCGCGCCAAAGGUGAAGAAUUGGCAGCUUUGGUCGACAACGGCACGCGUGUCAUGAUGCAAGUGACGGUCGGCGCUCAUUACACUUACCGUUUCACUAAUAUCAACAGGACAUCGGUAAUGUUCGUUUCCAUCUCUUUUAUCGUUCUGAUGAUGAUCUCCCUGGCCUGGCUCGUCUUUUACUACAUCCAGCGUUUCCGCUAUUUGCACGCAAAGGACCGCCUGUCGCGCGAGUUGACGAGUGCUGCUCAGAAAGCCCUUUCCAAAAUCCCCACCAGGGCCAUCAAAAACACUGACAAGGAAGUUUCCGAAGCUGAAUGUUGUGCCGUUUGCAUCGAGCCCUACAAAGCCAACGAUGUUGUUCGAUUAUUGCCUUGCAGGCAUGAAUUUCAUAAAGUGUGCGUCGACCCAUGGUUAUUAGAGCACCGGACCUGCCCCAUGUGCAAAAUGGAUAUCCUGAAACACUACGGCUAUGUGUUUACUGGAAGUCAAGAAAGCGUCGUCAAUAUGGAUUUAGACGCGCCCAUCAUCUCAGGGUUGCGACCAGGCCAUCGCAGAGGAAACGCUUCGCCGGUGGUCGUUCCUGCUGGCCAACAUUCCACUCAUCAACGGUCACCUAGCGUGACCCCCGAUAUCCAGCUCACAUCAGAACAGCCUUCAGCCAGAAUUAGCCGAACAGACACGUUGGAGCCGAUUCGUCGCGAAGCGAGUGAUUCACCGUCCACACGUCGUUACUGGUCAUGGCCACGAUCUUUCUCCAGUCGGAAUAACCCUCCUAUUUCAACAGACCCAGACGUCGUUGAAGAUGCUGCUGUUUCAGUACCAACAGCUGUCGAAACUCAAGUGGAGAUUGUCUGCGAAUCUCCUGUUGCAGCAUCGGCUACGCCCAUCGGUACCGAUAGCCGUUCGAACGUCGUCUAGUAUUAUCCAUCUUGUAUUUUGGUUUUUCUCAAGUCGUUUAUAUAGUCUUGCGCUGUGUAUAUACCCUCACUCCGACGCGAACAUGUCACCCAUUGCAUCAACAGUCAUUUGUGCUGUGAAAAAUCGUAGUUCCGACCCAAAUGUGAACGACAAGUAGGGAAUCGAACUUGAUAUUUUGACUGUAUUUCGAGCGUGAUUUUUUUGUAAACUGACGGAGAAGGAUGCAUGCUUCGCGAAUUGUGAUAUUCUCCAUUGUUAUCAAGUAUGGAGGAGAUUUUACGAAAUGUCUGGCCGACUCGUUUGGUUGGAAGGCGUCGAAAUCCGAUCUGUUCGAAUCAGAAUUUCCAUCUGAGCCAAUCGCCCAUUCAAAGAUUCGGGGAAUGUGUAAUCUUUUUCGGGUGUAUUCGUUAAUUGUUCGUUCUCUCUUAUGUCUCUUUAAUAUCCAUUUGGGUGAAGAUAAUAUUACAUUGGUCUGUACAUAAUUUCAAAUUUUAAUCAAUACAUAUGGACAGUAUUCCACCAA